AUUUUCAUUUCCUUCGACCUGAUCAGCAGCGUUCUGCUUGAUUCAGCCGGAGAAGAUGGCCGGAGAUCGGGACGGAACCCCGUCGGGGAAAUCCGACUACUCCCACGAAGGCGAUAGAAAAUCCAGGAGCAAGUCACGAGAAGAUUCUGAAUCCAGUCGGAAGCAGCGGGAGAGCCCCGAUGCUGAAUCCGAAGAGGGGAGAGGCGGAAGGAAGAGGGAGAAAAGUCGGAGGAAGUCGCGCGAGAGCUCGGAAUCGGAGGAGGAUGAGGAGAGGAAGCAUCGCAAGAGAGAUAGGUCGAGGAGGAGGUCCAGGAACCGCUACAGCAGCGAGUCGGAUUCGGAUGGUUCGAGCUCUGAGGAUUCUGAAUCGGAGUCCGAGUCGGAGUAUUCGGACUCGGAGACCGGUGCGAGCAAGAGCGAGAGCGAGGGGGAGAGGAGGAGGAGGAAGAGGAGGGAGAGGAGGAGAAGGGAGGAGGAGAAGGAGAGGAAGAGAAGGAAGAGAGAGAGAGAGAAGAAGCGAAGGAGGAAGGAGAGAGAAGAGGAGGAAGAGAGGAGGAGAAGGAGGAAGAAGAAGAAAGAGAGGAAGAGGAGGAAAGAAAAGGAGAGGGCAGAGAGAGGGAAGACGGGUGCAGUGACCAACUCCUGGGGGAAGUAUGGGAUUAUCAGAGAAACCGAUAUGUGGACUAAACGUCCGGAGUUCACUGCAUGGUUAGCUGAAGUUAAACAGGUUAACCUGGAGAAUCUGGCCAACUGGGAAGAGAAGCAGAUGUUCAAACAGUUCAUGGAAGACCAUAAUACAGCCACUUUUCCUUCCAAAAAGUAUUAUAAUCUUGAUGCUUAUCAUAGACGUGAACUGGAGAAGGAGAUUAAGAAGGGUCUGAAAAAGGUCCGGCAAAAAGAACGCACUGUAUUCAAUGAUGAAGAGCAACGAAGGCUUGAACUGCAGCAAGAAAGAGAGAGGCAGAAGGAAGAGGAGGUCAAUGCCUUGAAACUAUCCAUGCAGAGUGGAAUGGCACAAGCAAUGAAAGAGCAAGCCCGACUGAGGGAAGAGAUGGCAUAUCAGUACAAGCUUGGCAAUUUCGAGGCCGCAGCAGCUAUACAGAGAAGACUGGAUCCGAACAUUGCUAUGUGACAGAACUGUCUCUGAUUUCGCUCUUCGGUUAUGCCGUCGUGCUUCAGUCCUCUUUACCAGUUUUGCAAUUUCAGUAUCUUCCCAUGCUCACGUCGACUAUAUCAGCUCUUUAUCAGUAAUUUAGUAUACUUCCAGUACAGCUCGGAGAAGAACACUAGUUUUUAUUGAGUACUUGUACCAUCAUUAUGUUAGCUAUGUGAUUAUUAUAUACUUAUAUUAUCUCGUUAGUAAUA